AUGAAUACACAAGCCCUGUAUGGAACAGCAGGAAUCUUGAAUUUGUGGAAACCAAAAGUUGACCAUAACUUCCAAUUCACUCUUUCUCAUAUUUGGGUUCAUGCAGGACCCGAAUAUUCUCAAAGCAACUGUAUAGAAGCUGGAUGGCAGGACUUCGAAACUGGUAAUUGGUUGCUAUUGUGGGGAGAAAAUUCUGAGAUGAUGGGUUAUUGGCCCAAGGAACUCUUCAAUCACUUAAGAAACAAAGCUGAAGGCAUACACUGGGGAGGUGAGACUUAUGGUCCAAGACCAUAUCCUGAAAUGGGUAGUGGCCAUUUCCCGGAGGAAGGUUAUGGAAAAGCAUGUUGUAUCUCUAAGAUUCGUAUUACGGAUGAACAUCGAGUGAUGAGAGAUGUGGAUAUAAGUGAAACUCGUAGUCAUAGUGACUUGCAGUGCUAUAAAAUAAUUGUUACUCGAUCCGUAAAGCAAGGGAUCGAAAUCUAUUUUGGGGGUCCUGGUGGUAAUUGUCAGUCAACCCUAGCUUAA